AUGGCAGUCGACAUGAACAAGCUCGCCGCCCUAACAGGCUACACCCCCGGCAGCGCGGGCUUCACCAUGGGCAAGAUCAAGCGCAAGCUCAAGAACAAGACCGCCGGCAUCUCCGAGGACAGUCCUGCUGCAAAGUCAGCUCGUGGACGUCCCAGAACCGCUACCACGUCCACACCCAAGAAGAGGGGUGCGACUGCCGCUCCAACCUCCGCCUCCAAGCGCCGUGCCCGCCAACCUACUUCCUCCCCCUCUCACUCCGAUGCCAACGACGACGAUGACGAUGACUUCGGCCUCGGUGGACCCAAAGUCAAGAAGGAAGAGCCUGCCUUUGACGACGGCUUCGAUCUCGUGGAGGAAGAUGUCUCCGCUCGUGAUGCCAGGGGCGUGAGCUACGGUUUCCUGGAUGGCAUGGAGACUUUUAGUGGUGCUGCUAAGGGAUCGGGAAGGAAUGCGUCGAACGGGUACCGUGCUGUGCAGUUGGAGGAGGAGGGUGAGUAG